AUGUCCAGCCUCGCGAAAUCAAACAUCACAAUUAUCCACCCCGAUCUAGGCAUCGGUGGUGCGGAGCGUCUCAUAAUCGACGUAGCGCUCGCCCUCCAAAACCGUGGCCACCGGGUCACCAUCUACACAUCUCAUUGCGACAGAAAACAUUGCUUCGAGGAAGCGCGCGAUGGCACCCUCGACGUGCGCGUUCGCGGGAACACAAUUUUUCCAGCGCAUGUGUUUGGACGCUUGCACAUUCUUAUGGCAUCGUUACGCCAACUCCAUCUAACGGCAUCUUUACUUUCGGAGCUUGGGUCAGGAGAUGAUUCCAAGCGGGACGAUAUCUUCAUUGUCGAUCAACUGCCCGCAUGCCUUCCCAUUUUGAAGACCUUCAGCCAGCUCGGGAACUCUCGUACUCGGCGUAUUCUCUUUUACUGCCAUUUCCCGGACCAAUUGCUCGCACGACGCGACGAAGGCGGCUCGCUUCUCCGCCUUGCUAAGCUCUGUUAUCGGAUCCCUUUUGACUAUUUCGAAGGAUGGGCGCUCAGCGCGUCGGACCGUGUUGUCGCGAAUUCGAAUUUCUCGCGAGGAGUUGUCCGGGACGUGUUCGGGCCGGACAAGCUGGGGGACAUCGAGGUUGUCUACCCUUGCGUCGAUACAGAUGUAAAGGCCGCGCCAGCAAAGACAGACGAUGAUCCACUCUGGGGAGGAAAGAAGAUUUUGCUCAGCAUCAAUCGCUUUGAGCGUAAGAAAGAUAUGGCUCUCGCCAUCCGUGCGUAUCAUGGACUGGGCCAGGAAAAGAGGAAGGGGACGCGAUUGGUAGUUGCUGGCGGCUACGACAAUCGUGUCCAAGAAAACGUCCAAUACCACCAAGAGCUUGAAGAUCUUGCAACAGGACUCGGCUUGGAGACCGCAACCUCCAAGACCGUUGUCUCUGCCCUGUCGAUUCCUGACCAUAUCGAUGUGCUCUUUCUUCUGUCUGUGCCAACGGCAUUUAAGGACACACUCCUCGCACAAGCAAAGCUUCUUCUUUACACUCCCGUCAACGAGCACUUUGGCAUCGUACCGGUCGAGGCGAUGCAUGCAGGCCUUCCCGUACUAGCCUCAAAUACGGGCGGCCCGUUGGAAAGUAUUGUCGAGGGUAUUACAGGCUGGCUCCGAGAUGCAACUGAGAUUGAAGAGUGGACGAAAGUUAUGGACAAGGUCCUCUAUGACAUGAGCGAAGACGAAACGGCAAAGAUGGCAAGGGCAGGCAAAGAGAGAACUGAAAAAGAAUUUUCUCUCACUGCCAUGGGCAACCGAUUGGAAAGUGAGAUCUCGGUGAUGUUGUCGGCGGAGAGUCGUCCUUUCCGCGGAUGGCAACAGGUAUGGGUCGUGCUUGCGCUGCUCGGGGCGCUCCUUGCCGUGACAGUCGCCGUUUUGCUCCGAAUUGUGUAA